GUACCAACAUAUAAAAUAUAAAAUGCGGAGUGAUAAUAUGUCGAUCUCGUUCGUUUCCGAAGCCUAAGUGGCUGCGCAUAGCGGAGUUUAUAGUUUUUCUAUAUUUCUAUGAAUUAAAAAUCGGCUUUUAUUUAGAUUUUAUAAGAUUUAUUUUAUUAUGAAUAAUGGAAUGUUCGCAUUUAUUUGAUAACGUCAAAGUGGAUAAGAAUUCCAUCUUUCAGGACGGCACUAUCACAAAGAACUUCAAAUGUUCAGAAUGCACAACUUCGGAGCAGAACUGGCUCUGCCUGCAAUGUGGGGUUGUGAAUUGUGGCCGCUACAUGAAGGGCCAUGCGCAGUCUCAUGCGGAGACUGCCGAUCACCACUUAUGCAUGAGCUGUGAUGCAUACUCAGUAUACUGCUAUAAAUGUGACGAUUAUGUCAGCAACGACAUAGACAAUGAAAGGAUAUCGGAAUUAAGACAGAGUUUGAUGCAUUUCGGUAGAGAUGACAGCGAGAAAAGUAAAGAAGAAAUUGAAGACAGAGACGAAUUGAACAGCCGUAUAUUUGACAGCAUUAUGAAUGAUACGCCAUUGUCUAUAGACACCAUAGAGAAUAGGAUAUCAGAUGUGAUACCCUCUAGCAGUGGCAGUGAUAUCUGUGAAAGUAUCAGCAAUGCAGAUACAAGCUUAUCGGAUAUUUAUGAUAAACCCAUAAAGUCAAAGAAUACAGAAGAACCAGUAAGAAGUCUAAGGUUACGAUCUCGCAAACGAUCUCUUUCUGAUGAUAGUAGUUCUACAGAACAGCACAAAACUAAGGAGAAAAAGAUGUCCCCUUGCAAUGGAAAGAUACAGAGAGAAAAAAAGAUACUCGGCUUAAAGAAUUUAGGGAAUACAUGUUUUAUGAAUGCAGUGUUACAAAGUUUGAACAAUAUACAAGAAUUUAGCUGCUAUUUCAGUCAGCUGCCGUCCCUAGAGAUGAAAACUAACGGUCGGAAAGUUUACCAUUCCAGGAGUUAUACACGGCAGGAAAUGCAUGAUGUGAUCAUGGCUGAAGAGUUGAGGAAAGUGCUGAUAAACUUGAACGCCGGUGGAUGCGGUUCUAAGGGCGCGAUAUCUCCUGAAUGCCUGUUCCUCGUCAUCUGGAAGGUGGUGCCGAGGUUCCGCGGCUACCAGCAGCAAGACGCACAUGAGUUCCUCAGAUAUAUGCUGGACAGUGCAUUCGUAUAA